CGCGCGCGGUUUGGAAUUGCUUCAUUGCGUUUCUCUGGCAUCCUAUUCGUGGCAGUGCGCUCUAAAUUACACGCGGGCAAAAUUGGAACUGAUCAUCGACGAGGACAUGUACCGGACCAUCGAAUCGGGUGUUAGAGGCGGGCUCUGUCAGGCGAGCAGGCGUCAUUUACGGGCUAACAAUCCGCUGUGCAGUGGCUACGAUCCCGAUAAAGAGGAGGUGUACAUAUCGUACAUAGAUUGCAACAAUCUUUACGGAUUCAGUAUGAUAAAGCACCUCCCCAUCGGCGAUUUCGAAUGGGUCGAGGAUUUUAGCUCCGUGGAUUUUAUGCGUCACCCCACGGACUCGGACGUGGGAUACGUGUACGUGUGCGACUUGGAGUAUCCAAAAUCUAUCCACGCGCUGACGCGGUACUUCCCCCUGGCUCCCGAGAAGGCGGUCGUCCCGAAGGAAUGGCUCUCACCAUUUCAGCGGGGGCUCCUCGAAGAGUUAAUGUAUGAGCCGGCGAACAGCAAAAAGCUGCUGCUCACGUGCAAGGACAAGGUCGAGUACGUUGUUCAUUACGCGCUACUCGCACUCUAUUGUAGACUGGGCAUGCGGGUGACAAAAAUUCACAGAAUUCUAAAAUUUCGUCAGGCACCAUUCCUGCGUCCCUAUAUCGAGGACAAUGUUGCCAGACGCGUCGCCUCGAGCACGACGUUCGAGAAAAAUUUCUAUAAAAUCUCAAAUAAUGCGGUCUUCGGGCGUACGUUGCUAAAUAAAUUUAAUAUGCGGGACAUUCGAGUAGCCUUCGAUGAGGAGACGGCGAGUCGCCUCGGGAGUCGGGCGGAAUGCGCGCGAAUGGAAAUUUUGUCCCCUGAUUGUGUCAUGUACGAAAUGCGCAAGAGAAAAGUGCGAUGCGAUUUCCCCCUGCAGAUUGGCUUCACGAUUUUAGAACUGAGUAAGUUAACCAUGUACUCGUUCUAUUAUGAAACCCUGCUGAGCAAGCUCACUUGUCCGGUGAUUACCUGCUACUUUGACACGGAUUCUCUGAUCCUCGGCCUAUUCUGCAAGGACUACGAAGAUCAGUUACGUGCGAUCGCCGACGACCAUUUAGACUUGUCUUCCUUCGAUCGUGAUCAUCCACUGUACAGCGAGAGGAAUCGCGGUAGGCUUGGCGCGUUCAAAAGUGAAACGGGUAGCGUACCCAUCGAGGAAGUAAUAUGCCUGAAAGCCAAAAUGUAUUCCAUCAAAUUAGCCGGGGGAAAACAAAUUGCAAGAGCUAAAGGGGUUAAAAAGAACAUUGUGCGCAAACACCUCCUCCAUGAUACGUACCGCGAUACCCUAUUCAAGCACGCUAGCGUAUCGCACGAACAGGUGUCAAUAGUGGGAAAGAAACAGUGCAUGUACACCAUCAGAAAUGUGAAAAGAAGUCUGAUGGCGUACGACGACAAACGAUAUCUCUACAAUGACGUAGACUCCUACCCGUAUGGAAGCUGCGAAUAUGAUAAUGCAGAGGAUGAGUAGGAGUAGCGUCAUUUGACCUGCGUCACUGGAAGGAUGUGGCACCUUGUUCUCUUCUCGCUCGUCUCGUGCGCACUUGCGCUGGACGCCGGCAACUGUACGGCGAGCAUCAAGCUGGAGAAGGAUAAGCACACGUACGCGCACGAAUGCCCUGGCGACAUCUUGGCCAUCAGGGAGUGGCACGUGGUACCUAUGCGGUCCGGCAUUAACCUGGACAGGAACGCUACUGGAUCGUUGCGUACGUGCCUUCACUCGCUGGACGUGAGCGACAGCUACGAAGAUAUCCAGUGCAUGCGGAAGUGCCAACUCACGGAGGACGAAAUUUUUCUCAGCCGCUGUCCCGGAGACGUCUACAUGAUCCGUCACUUCCGUGGAACCAUG